CUUAUACAAAUAAAUUUUAAUUUAAUCAAACAUUUAAAAAAAAAAGGAUUAUAAUAACAGACAACAACAACAAAAAUGCAAACAAUUCAUAAAAUGGAUGGAUUUACUGAAAUCUAUUUCAUGGUUGAUAAAAGAAAAAAAGGUUGGAUUACUAUGCCAGAGUUACGAAAGUAUAUGGAAGAGAAUGAUGUGGAUGAAAAAAUGUUUGAACGUUGGAAAACUCUAUUUGAUCCUGAAUCUACUGGUCGUAUAACGUUGGAAAAAUUCUGUGAAGUAUUAGGUUUACAAGAAGAAGUUAUAAAUGUUCAAACUGCUAUUCAAGGAAACGAAAUGCAAGAUGUACAUGUUAUUCAAUCGGAUAUGAAUACAAAAAUGAAAUUGACUAUAUGUGGACUAAUUGAUGAAGGGAUAUUGAUUUAUCAUGAUGAUUUGAAAUUAGUUGAGUUCUUGAAAGAUGAAUUGGAUAAGUAUUUUGGAAAAUUAUGGAAUGUAAUCAUCAUCUAUGGUCGAUACUGGUCACGUUAUUGUCAUGAAACAGGUUAUAAUUUUUGUUUUAUUAAAGACGAUCGUAUAUUCCUAGUAUACAAGAUUCCGGAUAUAUAAUAGAAAAAUAAGAAGAUAUUUCAAUCACAUUCCAUUCUUGAAGAUAUUCUUGUGAUAACGCUGAAGCAAAAAUGAUGAACAUGAAGACUUCUCUUGUUUUGAUAUUUUACAUGUAAAUUUUGAUUCCGGUUUAUUCAUAAUUUUGUCGAAUUUUUUUAUUACAUAACAACCAGUUAAUGAUUAUACAAAAGUUGGACUUAUAUUUUACCUAACAAAAAACAUGUGGUGAAAUGUAUAAGUAGUAUAUCUCA